AUGGCUCCAAAUACGUUGUCGCCGAUUGGCAGUCACAACAUACUAAAGACCAUCUUAGAACUUGGCCCGCCGAUUGGCAGCGACCUUAUUCCGUCUUACCUGUUUGCCUUAUCACAAAGAGGCUAUCCGCCGAUUGGCAGCAAUAGCAUUUGGUGGAAUAAGGACACACAGAACAUGUCGCUCAGUAAUGUUCCUGACGAAGUGUCGCCGUUCAAUCCCCCAACUUUGCCAGAGACCUCAAAAACCUUUGUUGCGCCUACCGAUAUGCAUCCAGCGCUGCAACAACUAGACAUUAAAAGUUGGGAUUUUCGCAAUUUUGUGUUGCAAAUAAUCAAAUCGGGCUUCAUAGUCGACAGCCAAAAAAGCGUCGAAAAGCUAUGGGUUGAUGCUUUGCAAACUUUGGCUCAAAAGAAGAGUAUCGGUUUUGUAUUUCGUGGUUUCUUUAAAAGACUGUUAGACUAUCAGGAAUUCGCAGUGCUUGAUCAAGAAACUGCAAGCGCUUUAAAUCGUCAUGUUGAUCAGUGUGUGCGCUACCAACUGGCGAAAUCAGCCGCCAGUAUGGAGAAACUAGCAGAAGGCCCAUCUCGAGAGUAUCACGUCUCAAAAGAAAUCAAUCACUACCUGCUUUCAGAAGUUAAGGAAGCUGUGCUCUUGCCGGAGAAUGAUGAAGCAGACGCUGGCGAAGAAAGUGAAUGUGAGUUUGGAACCAAAGAUAAGGCUCUUUUUACAGAAAGAUUCAGGGAACUGGAAAAGUCAAAGAAAUGGCAGCUGAAGUCAGGGAAAUACGUUGAAGAUGUGCUUUACGAGCUUGGAAUGGCAUGCCGGCACCAUAAUCUCGUUCAUUCUUUUAUCCUUGACCCUGAGGAUUCAUUUGUUAAAAAUGCAUUCACAGAAGAAGAAAUGUCCGAGAUCAUGGAAAAGGACAACGCUCAAGAGCAACCAGAAAUUGAUGAUGAGCUUCUUGAAUUUUCUUUACAGAGCUCCACCAAAGAGGUACGAGAAGCACUUAACAAACCACAUCCUCGACUUGGAAGUAACUACAACCCACAAAGAGAUUUCGCAUAUGAACAUGUCAAAACAACAGUGAUGGACUGGGUCCGGCUCCUUGAAAUGCAACCCAAUCCUUUGACUCUGGAUAUGCCAGAAGGCUGGUACCGAGUUAAUGUUUGGAGGAUGAUCGAUAUUGCAUUUUCGGACAUACCGUACACUUAUGUUGUUGGUGGUGAGAAAGCUGGGCUGGCUUGUUCUGAGAGAAAGAACCGGUACAGAACUCUGGCAAAUGUUGGGCCAACCCAGCGAAAAGCAAUUAGGAAAAAAGGAGAUGGUUACGUAAGAACCAUUGGAUCAAUGUCAACUGACUGGGCAGCAUCUGAAGCAGGCCCAAAAUGGGAGGGCAUGCAUGGCACAAAGUUGAUGAAAGAAUCUGGCCUGAGCUUGCCAAGAACUUUAAAAAAUAUUUUGGUCCAUCUUGCCAGUAAGGUGGAGUUUGCUGAACAAAAGCUGAGGAAACUAAAUAUAGUUGGUUUUGCACACGCAGGUGCAGUUUUAAUUCGCACAAAUCUUGAUUGUCCAGCUGGAUACAUUUGCCGCUAUACAAGAGGAGAAUCACUUGAGGUAUAUGCAAGCGAAAAAAACUUUUACAGAUCCCUGGAUGUAUUGGUAGAAGUAAUAUACGCCAAACUUGUAAUUCUGCAAACAAUGAAAUUAGUGGGUGAUGGUAAAGAUAGCACUGGCAAUGUUAUAAGAUGGAAAACCCAGAGAAAAUUGAAAAAGCCAUAUGUCACUAAAAUACCUGAUGUUCAUCCAACCCCAAAGAAACAGAAAUCCUGGGCAAGAGAGGACGUAAAACUGUUUUAUAAACAUCAAUCACAUGACUAA